GACUUGUCAUACCUUCCCCUUACAGAAGUGAUGAAAGGUAUAUGACACUACAGCCUGCUCCGAACUUCGGAAGGCCCACGAACAUGAAAAGAAUAAAAUAACCAAAACGGCGACAAUAUAACUGGAAAAGCAAGGCGGAUCUUUACUUUUCUUUUUUUCUCGGAUCUGAGCACAACUGCUUUGGGAAAGGCGGAGCGUGAACGUUAUUUACGCGCUGUCCAGGAGCAAAUAACUUGCUUUCGGAACUCCUUCACAUUAUAUCUUAGCUACUGACAUUAAGAACUCGGGACUUCAAAAUAUGAAUCGAAAUCUUCCAUGGGUUUUCGGUCUCGCCUGCGUUGUGAUUCUAGGUUGCUUGGCAAGAACCCAGGCUCAGGUCACUCUGGUGGUGACAAAUGGAAACCUCACCUGCAUCAAAGCUGAACUCUCCGCCUCCUUCUUCAUCCCCUAUGACACUGCCAACGGCACGACACCGGUGAGGGUGGAGCUCCCAGGGACAGCGAAGGUGGGAGGGAAUAGUUCGUGUGGGGACGGCGCCCGGCUCCCGGAGCUGGUGGCAGAGUUCGGCGACGGCUACUCCUUGGGCCUCACAUUCUCAACCAAUAACAGUCUCUACGCAGUGAUGAGCCUCAAACUGCAGUACAACCUCAGUGACACGUCUGUCUUCCCUGGUGCCAACAGAACUGGUGUGGUAACCGUGGAGACGACCUCUGUGGGAAUUGUCGCUAGGGUCAACACCACCUACAGGUGCUUCAGCCCGUCAACUGUCAGCAUGGGAGGAGUCAGUGUCACUUUUUCGGAUGUAAAGAUGGAGGCCUUCAUGAAAGGAGAUGACCUGAGCCUCAACGAAAGCGUGUGUCUUGCUGACCAGAGCAUCACCACGGCCCCUCCUCAACCCCCUCCCACCACCACCACAGCACCUCCUGCACCCCCCCCCACCCCCCCGGGACCCCCCGUCCAGGGCAGCUACUCGGUCUCAGACAGCAACGGGACUGUCUGUGUACUGGCUCGAAUGGCAGUGCAGCUUGACGUCUCUCAGUACUCCGCCUCCCUAAACAAGACCAUCCAUGAAGUGGUAAACCUGCAGCCCAAUCAGACGAAGAGCUCAGGGUCAUGUGAACCCAACAACGCAACUCUGGUGCUGUCUCAGGGCGGAGCCACCAACCUAACCUUCCUGUUCACUCUGAACACCACCUCCAACAGGUAUCAUCUGAUGGGACUGUCUCUGGUUGCAUUUUGGCCUGACAUGGCAGCUCCUUUCACAGCCAGUAACAUGAGUCUGGACUACCUGAGUAGCUCUCUGGGUCGGAGCUUCAUGUGUAGUUCAGAACAGACUCUUGCAGUAAACCAGAAUUUCAGCUUGAACACCUUCCAUCUGCAGAUCCAGCCCUUUGGACUCACGGCAGGACAGUUUGGACAAGCGGAGGAGUGCCAGUUAGAUCAGGAGAACAUGCUGAUCCCCAUCAUCGUAGGAGCAGCUCUGGCCGGUCUGGUCCUCAUUGUCCUCGUGGCGUACCUCAUCGGCAGGAAGAGGAGCCACGCUGGAUACCAGACCAUCUGAGAUCCCCUUGACACAGCAGGCCGCGUCUCUAAUGCCACUCUAUUUCCUAUAUUGUCCACUUAUUUUAUUUGUCAUUUUUACCAGCACCUCCAUAGGGUACUGGUCAAAUGUAGUCCACAAGAUAGGGAUUAGGGUGUGAUUUUGGACACUGCAGGGAGCCAGACACUCCAACCCCCCACUGCUACAAUUGACUGACUAAUGGACAGACCAAACCAACUGCGUGUGUGUGUGGGUGUGUUUGUGGGUGUGUGUGUUUGUCUGUGUGUGUGUGAGAGUGUGCGGGGGUAGGUGUCCGUCCUUUUAUUUUUGACUUUCUGUCGAAAGAUUAUUCAGAACGCUCAUCCUUCGCUUCAUACAAGCCAACCAACCGCCUGGGAAAGACAACAAAAACCCACUUCUGCCGUCACCCAUGGCUGAGCUGUUCCAAGCAGCGUUCUUGUCUUGACAUGUCCGAAGUAGCACACAUCUACACGUUGUGUAAAUAAAGUGAAUCUGACAUUAAGUUAUAUAGUAUCAAACCUGCAUGGAGGGGCAGGCUUAAUUCCUACAAACACCCCUUGUGUGUGUCCCAACACGCACACUCUGGCGGGCUUCCUUUGCUUUCCUCCUUGUUUCCUUUCCUUCAGGAUCAGCAUCUUUUCAGUGACAUCACCUGGGAGGCCCUGACAACUCCUGCGAAAAGGGAAACUCGUGGAUGUCAGCCUCGUGACUCCACCCUGGUGGAACGUCGCUUUCGCCCGUUUGUCUCACGGGGUCACGAGAGCGUUUUGAAGGCCUUGUUGGGAGAAACCGUUUGGGUUAGAAAGACAGGGAUGUAGGGGGCAUUGACAUUAGUGUGUUAAAUGAGGGAUGUUUUGAACUGAGCAGAGAUUACUCGUCUAAAGCAGGACGUUCAAAUGUUGUGUUCUGUGACUCCUCUUCCAGUGUGUUAAUAUUGAUUGCAGCGAGUCGUUUUAUUUUUGUAGAGAAUGCUCGGAUAAUUUUUCUAUUAUGCGUCUUGCCGAGGUCAAUAAAAGACAUUUAAAUUCC